GUGACAUAAAAGAGCUACACCACAGUUGUUCUGUCAACAGCCUUGCACUGUGUAAUACUGUAUCAAGUGUAUCAACACUGUCAACAGAUCUAGAUAAGAUUUGCAUGAUUGAUAUUAGAUAUAUCUAGAUCUAGAAAUCAAGACCUUCUUUGCAACAAAAUCUUAUAGCUCAAGAUUAUAGAAAUGAAGAUCGACUUACACACACAUAUUUUACCAGAAAAUUGGCCUGAUUUAAAAGAGAGAUACGGAUAUGGAGGCUGGAUUCAGCUGCACCAUCAUUGUGCAGGAAGAGCCAAAAUGAUAAAGGAUGGGAAAUUAUUUCGUGAAAUUGAAGAAAAUUGCUGGUCGCCAGAAGCUCGUCUGAAAGAAAUGGAUGCUACAGGAGUAGAUAUUCAAGUAUUGUCAACUGUGCCUGUCAUGUUUGGAUACUGGGCAGAACCCAAAGAUACACUUGACUUAUGUGAAAUGUUAAACAACCAUUUGGCCGGUGUUGUUCGUGCUUGUCCGUCACGUUUUAUUGGCUUAGGAUCAAUACCAAUGCAGGCUCCAGAUUUAGCUGUUAAAGAGCUGAUACGAUGCAAACAAGAGUUAGGAUUUCCUGGUAUUCAGAUUGGUUCUCAUAUAAAUGAUUGGAACUUGGAUGCUCCAGAACUACAGCAAAUAUUUGCAGCAGCUGAAGAGCAUGAUUGUGCAAUAUUUGUUCAUCCCUGGGACAUGGAGCAAGGAGGAAGAAUGCAAAAGUAUUGGCUGCCUUGGCUUGUUGGUAUGCCAUCAGAGACAACCAUAGCCAUAUGCUCUAUGAUAUUUGGAGGCGUUCUUGAAAGAUUUCCAAGACUCAAAGUGUGUUUUGCACAUGGAGGUGGAGCCUUUCCAUUUACAAUAGGAAGAAUUGAGCAUGGUUUCAACUGUAGGCCAGAUCUUUGUGCUGUAGACAAUAAUGUCAAUCCAAGAAAAUAUCUUGGUCAGAUCUAUACAGACUCAUUAGUCCAUGAUGAAGAUGCUCUAAAGUUGUUAGUGAAGGUUAUAGGCAAAGAUCAUAUCAUUCUUGGCAGUGAUUACCCCUUUCCUCUUGGAGAACAACAUCCUGGAAAACUGAUUGAAUCAGUUGAAGACUUUUGCCCUGAGUUAAAGUAUCAGCUGUUAGCUGGGAAUGCCAUGGAGUUUCUGGGAUUGAACCCUGAGGAGUUUAAAUCAAACUCUGCAUCAGCCAGUCACUUUAGUAACAUCAAUUUAAAAUUGUCUUAAAGUAUUGACUUAUUGUUUUAUGUUGCAAUAAAAUAAAAACUCUUAUGUUAAUGUAUACAACUUUAUAGAUACCAGUGCCCUAAAUGAAAAUCUCGUUUUCUGUCUAUUUUAUAUAUAGUCAGUGAACAUGUAAAUACAUUUAUAUGUGUAUAUAAUAAAUGUACAGGUUUAUAUAUAUUUAGAUAUUGUGUGUAUUUUGCUUUCAACAAGUUUCUCAAUGCUAAGUGUAAAUGUAUGUCAACAUUUCAUCAUUUUGAUGUGUACUUAUGUAUAUAAAAAAGAUUGGUGUUUGCAGUUAUAAAAUGACUUGUAGAAGGCUGUCCUUUCAAAAAUACUAUAUUCAUACUUUUUUAUGUGUGUGUCAGAAGAUAAGAAUCAGCUUAUAUAAAUUCACAAACAAAUUUUAUGAGUACCGGGUAACUAAUUACAUAUAUUUACAUUGUAAUGUAACAAUUUUUGAGUUUUGUCUUUUAUCCCAGUUAUAUUAUUUCAAAAUAUUAAGAAGUUUUUCGCUGUCGUAAUGUAUCCAAGCAAUCUAACUAUAUUUAAUAAUCUUUCUUGAAAAAAAAAGUAUUUAAAUUGGAUAUGACUUUGUGUUUUUCACUUUUUUUUUUCCCAAUAUUGUUGUUUACAUAUUUCAAACUAUUUUUGUAUGUAUAUACUUAUACUUUUGAUUCUAAGUCAAACGAAAAGUGUUUUUUUUUUCUUUUUUUCAUUUGAUUUGUUUAUCAUAUUUUUUUGUAAUAUCAUUCUUUAAAGUCCUUCAGUUCAAUCUUCUGAAUAGUUUGUUUAGAUUCCUAAUAAUCAGAAUUUCCCCAUUUAGUGUCUGGUCAAUUAUUCUAAUAUUUCUUUAAUAUGUCUAAUGCGUUCUUUAAGAAUGCAUCAGUUUGUAUAAAUAAAUGUAAGAAUGAAGUCAGUCCUAGCACUAAAUGAUGUGAUACCAAAAAAAAGAUAUUGCAUGGAAUUAAAUGGCAGCUAGGUUGCAAAUGUAAACAGUUUUCAUAGAUUACACAUCAACUUUUUGUUGUAGGAAGCAUAUAUAAGAACAAGUAAUAAUGAUAGUUUUUUGUUAAUGCACCUACACACUGCUAUAUUAUAUAGUGCUGAAAUAUAACAUGAAAAAAAUAUUUUUAGUUACUUUUAAUUAUUGAAUUCAAUCUCUUUUUUAUUAAAUUUUUAUUGUGAUUUCUGAUUAUAUAUUAUUGUAAUUGCUUUUUAACUAUGCAUAGUCAAGGUCUCUAAACAGUAUCUAAUCAGUGGCCAGUUCAAAAUAGUGUAAAAUAAUGAGAUUAGUAAAUAGCCAGUAGAAUCACAGUACAUCCACUGAAUUUUUUUUCUGUUAUUGGUAUUUGCCAGUUUUUAUGUUUUAUAUUAAAAUUUUCAAGAUCUGUAGUCUAAGAUUGCUUGAUCCAGUCUAUGAAAGACAUUUACACGUAGAUCUAUUUACUAGUAAUAAAGGAACAAAUAGUUUGUACUAGUAUUUUAAAAUUUAUAUUUACCGUUACACUUGCAGUGAUUUUAAAACUAUGGUCUUUCACUUAUAUUUAUCUUUUAUGACAUUUUUUUUUUUCUGUUCAUCAUAAUCAUUCCAUAGAAGUAUUACUCUUUUUAAUAUUUUUAGUUUGAUUUCGAAGUCAUCUACAUGGAAUAAAAUGUUAUCCACUCCA